AUGGCUCUAAGGGGCGCUGCAUCAAAUGGAGCAUCCACGCGAACAUACAAUACCCGCCUCCUCAUAGCGGAGCGCGAGCCCAAUACAACGUCCCAGGGCAUAGCGGAGACAUUGUUACGCUUUCCAGAGCUAAUAUAUCUCGAUUUGUCAUAUACUACGUCUGCAAAGGAUCAGACUGUCUUAUCUACAUUAUCUCAAUUGGAACGUCUGCAGGUGCUCAAGUUACGGGGAAUUGGAUUGAAGGAUGUCGAUGCAGCAUUUUUGGCCAAUGCCAUUGGGUACAGGGUUCGGCUUCUUGACCUACGGGACAACAAGCUUACCGAUAUGGCCCUUCAGUCGUUGCUUCAUGCCUGCUUUUUGCCGCCCGGUCAUGAUAUAGAUGCACGUGGUCAACACAGCCGUACACUGACCACCUCAAGUCCUAAUAAUCACUUCUCCUUUCAGAGCCCAUGCUUCCUUCGCGCACCCGGUUUGGACCAAAAAUUCCAGGAGUCAUUGACCAGUCUUCUGACAGGCCGAUCUUGGGUGGAAGAUCUACCGAAUGUGGGGAUCACACACCUUUACCUCGCAGGCAACGAGUUCACCGUUGACGGGGCAGCGAGUCUUCUAGCCACAUCUCGACUACACGUGUUGGAUAUAGGGACUCUUGAUAAAGCGCAAAAAGUCAGUGGAAGCCAGCUCGAUGCACAACGCCGGACCCGUUCGGGCUCUGAACAGCUGAUACCUAUUCUUGGUACUGUUGCAAAAGACAACUUGGCUUAUCUCAGAGCACAUCACGCAAUUUGCACUUCUACUGCACCGAAGGGAAGCCCGAUAUCCUCGGAUGAUUUCCUUCCAGAGCUCUCAGGUGGAAAUAGGACAGCAGGCUUCAGUGAGUUAGAUACUCAUGACACCCAAUUGCAUGAGCUGCCUGCAGACACUACUCCUGUAUUCGAGCUUGCAGGAAGCACUCCACGUCCCCAGUCACCCGACAAAUUGCGCAAUAACGGGGAGAACCCAAGCGGCAUGGAGCAUACCCAUGAUCGUCCAAUAGCUCCGAGACGUGACUCUACUUUUGCGCCUGAAGUGUUGAUCCCCAACGACAGUGACGCAUCGACGAUGACUAGCCCUUCCGACACUUACGCUGCACUCUCAUGUUCACCUAUUCCAAGAUAUAGUUCGCCGCUCUCCAUGGAAGAUCCGCGAGCUAGAAAGAUCCAAGAGUUACUUGCAAAGCGACCAAAGUCUCAGCCUCGGCGAGAGGGCAGGGAGAGCUACGUUCAUUAUCUCCAUCCUUUCCAUAUCCCUCACCUCGAAGUUCUGGUCCUCACAGAUGUACCGUCCCACGUUCCUGCCACCUCACCUAUCCUCGAGUCGUUGAUUCAGUUCAUAACCGCUUGCUCCAACGAAGCACUACUGGCAACACUGCAAGCAGGGUCAGAUUACUCCCUACCCCCCGGGAAGGAUAGGGCAAAGGCCGAGCAGGAACGAGCAAAGUCCCUCUUUGGCUUGCGCCAGCUAGUCCUCGAAAUUACACCGGUAACCAACUCUCUCCAACCCGUCAAAUCGACCGGUUGGAAACCCGGCUCUCAAAUAGGGCAGCAGAAAUCGGCGACGGGCGAUUGGGAGCUCGAACGCCUGUGGUCUGCGGCUUCCGAUGACUUCAGCUUCUUUGGAGAGACUGAAUGUGGGAUCCCAACAGAGGAUAAUGCUCUCAUGCCAGACGCCAAUAAAUUUUCCUCUAUUUCGGCACCGUCGGCACCCUCAGUACCAGUUGUGGACCUUGUCUGUGAACUAGCUGCUUUCCGGCGGAGAAAGAAAUUAGAGUACGUGCAGGCUGUGCGACAUACUUCUCAGAGAAGAAGCACCAAUAAUAUCCUGUCACCCCAGUCUUCCUCUCGUUAUUCAGCGGGGUCGGCAGCCCGGUUAUCCCCGUCUCCGAGCACUACGGCAUUGAGUCCCGUUCCUGGACCUAAUUUGUCUAUUGCCCAUCAUGUUGAAGGGCACUGGAAGGGAGAGGUUAAGAUUGUUCGGAAUGCGACUCCGAAGGGACGGAGUGGGUGGGUGGAUCUUUAUGGGAACUAUUUUGAGAAAGGAUAUUUAUAUCCCUGA